AGGGGCUGUGGGAGGAGAUGGCCUUCGCGUCGUCGCUAGUGGCGCCUCUGCCCCCGCCGCCUCCUGCCGCGAGGGCAGGGUGGAGGCGCGCGAGGGCGGCCCCUCGGCCGCUCGUCCUGGCGGCAUCCAGCCGAGGCGGUGGCCCGGCCCCGGCCCCGGCCCCGUCGACGUUCGACCGGUUGCGGGAGCAGCUCCUCCAACUCCACGCCGAAGCCGACCUCACCCAAUCCAAAGCAAACAGUGCUAGGGUGAGGCUUGUGCGGUUGACCGAGGCCGCUGAGAAUCUUAAGAAGAGAGCCGUGGUCAGUGUCCGGAUGGGCAGAGAGAAUGAGGCAGUGGAAUUACUUGUGCAGAAGAAGAAGUUGACCAAUGCUUUGGAGAACAUAAAGGAGCGCAUUGAGCUGCUUGACAAGCUUUCCGCAAAGAUUAGUGAGGUUAUUUCAGUGAAGCAGAAUAUGUUAAUUGAACACGCGUUGCGUCCAGGGACGGCUACUGUUGAAGACUCCAAUGACCAUAUAAGAGUGUUCUCCGGUAAAAUUGAUGAUCGGGUGGAUGAGACUAGUGAUUCAAACGUGGCUGGCCAAUCCAAGAGAAGUGAACUUCAGAUGGCUAAUAGCUUCACAUUCUCCAAGGACCAUGACCCAACAAACAUCAUGGAUGAUCAUUCUGCAUAUGAUGAUUUUGUGCAGCAUAUUGAUUCACAGCUGAGUUCAUUACAAUGCGAAAUUGAUCACUACGCCAGUUCCCGAUUAGCAAAAGAGUUGGACACUCAGCAGUCUAUAAAUGACAAGUUGCACAAAUUAUCAACCAUAUUGAAGCUUAUAACUGAAACUAGAGAAAGGAUUGCGAAGAUUUCGGAUAACACAGUAAGUGAGAGUGGAUCUGAUGGCUUGAGAUGAUGGCAAACUACAAAACAUUGAGUUCAUCUUGUCAAGCUCUGUCUCUUUCUUUGGUACCAAGUUGACAAAUGACAAUGGCUUUUAUCAACCUUCUGAUCUUGCAAGUUGGUCCCCCGCUCUCUGGGAUGAUCCAGCGGAAUUAAGGCAGUGCCAUAUUCUGCAGGACUCCGUUCUGCAACUGGAGUAGUGGGGACAUGUCAAUUUCUUGUGGUGCUCAGAUCUUGUUGUCGGUGAGGGAGGUACGAUUGUGCCGACUGACAGCUUCUCGAGCUGAAGGAACUUGGUUCCGGGUCAUCUAUGUCUCUUCGAGUGGUCGAUGUCUGUAUGGAUCAUGCAAUCUGGGGAGAAGGCUGUAGGCAAAACUGUACAACUUCGUGCAGAUUUUACGAAAACCAGAAGAUUUUGAGGUCCCAACUCCAAAGCAAGCAGUCGAGCUUCUGAUAUAAAUGUACAUAAUGAGACUGCGCCAUGAAUAUCUUUAUCCUGUAUCCAGAGUUUGUAGCUUCAUACCUUCAUCACGCUCAUCACUCAUUUUAUAGGCUCCUGUGUAAAAGUAGCUGCCGAAAAAUUAGUGCCUGAAUAAAAAAGCUAUACUUUUAUAAGGAUGAACAUAGCCUGGACAAGA